GCUACAGAAUGUCAUCGGAGGUAAAAAGAUCAACCCCGUGUGCUGACCGCUAGUCACAAUUCGUAGUUCUGUCGACUCUCUUGUGCGUGUAUUCCGCGUCUCUUCUCCAUUUACUAAAGGGCAGGACUUUUUCUGUUCCGUGUGUAUCGCAACAUCACAAUUCGUUCUAAUUUGCUCUUCUUUCCUGUCGUGAAAUUAUUCCCAAAAGAUUACCAGAGUUAGCAUAGUGAAUACGGAAUGUAAACUCUACUUGUUCUAUCUUAACUACCUGUGAAGAAACAAUAAUUCUUCAAAUUAUGAAAUUCCUGCGAAUUGAACAGGAACAGAUUGUGAACACACUUGACAAUAACAAUUGUUACUAGAGGAUUAUCCGAGCCGUAAAUUGUGCAUAAUCAUUGUUAAAACGGAAGUAUAUACAAAGUGUAACGAGCGAAAUAGGUAAACUGUCAAGACGGAUCAAAUCAUCGACGAGGAAACCAGCAGCAGUGAAAGGUUCAGUGGGGGUGGCACAGCUCGCAAACGAAAGUUAGACAUGUAUAAGAUGCCUGAGAUUAAGCCCAUUCCAAUGCAGACACAGCAACAACUGCCACAGGGAGGUGGUCCCAAUGGGCGCCAACCGAAGGCGGCUCCUAUUACUGAGGAUUACGAAAUCUCCAACACCGUCCUGGGACUGGGAAUCAAUGGAAAGGUGGUUCAGUGUACAAACAAGAAGACAAACAACAAAUACGCACUUAAGGUGCUACAUGACAAUGCUAAAGCCAGACGCGAGGUUGAGCUGCAUUGGCGCGCGAGUGGCUGCCGGAACAUAGUGAAUAUAAAAGAUGUGUACGAGAAUAGCUACAGCGGUAACCGCUGCCUGCUGGUCGUCAUGGAAUGUAUGGAGGGAGGAGAACUUUUCCAACGAAUCCAAGAACGUCAAGAUGGACCCUUCACGGAAAGAGAGGCCGCCCAUAUUAUGCAUGAAAUCUGUGUCGCUGUCAAAUAUCUGCACGAUUCCAAUAUUGCGCACCGGGAUUUGAAGCCAGAGAAUUUGCUGUACACUUCGCCACACCCGAACGCGAUACUGAAACUGACCGAUUUUGGCUUCUCGAAGGAAACCUUCGUCAAGGAUACCCUGCAGACGCCUUGCUACACACCGUACUACGUCGCCCCCGAAGUGCUCGGCCCGGAGAAGUACGACAAAAGCUGUGAUAUCUGGUCGCUCGGGGUAAUCAUGUACAUUCUACUCUGUGGGUUCCCCCCAUUCUACAGCAACCAUGGGCUAGCAAUUUCACCCGGUAUGAAGACCCGCAUCCGCACCGGGCAGUACGAUUUCCCCAAUCCCGAAUGGAAGAACGUGAGUCAAGCGGCCAAGGAUCUUAUCAAGGGUAUGCUCAAUGUUGAACCGGAGAAACGACUAACCAUCGAUCAAGUGAUGAGGAAUCCGUGGAUUCGGCUCUAUACCGAAGUACCACAAACGCCACUGCACACGGGGCGGGUGCUCAAAGAAGGUGAGGAAACUUGGCCGGAAGUGCAGGAGGAGAUGACCAGGUCGCUGGCGAACAUGCGUGUGGACUACGAUCAGAUUUCUACUUUCCAGAUGCAUAUUAAGAAUCUGGACAGUUCGAACAACGCACUGCUCAACAAGAGAAGAAAACGGGGGGAAGAUAAGUUGAAGAACUAAGCUGAUCGUUGCACGUGCGCGCCGCAGGAAAGCAAGCUGUUGGCGCAGCUCAUUAACAUUUCCAAAUACAAGCGAACAAGUUAAGCUGACGCUACCGACGCUACUAGUGCCACCCGUAAAGCCCGCGAUCAAUUGCGUGUUCACUCAGGUCGCAGUCUAUCAUCGCAAGCAACGCAUAAUAAUGAUGGUUUGUUGUGUUUUAUUACCCCAAAUCGGGUUCAACUUUAGUUGCGCGAUGUCGCUCCAUUCGGAGAAACAGCGAUUGUGUUGCAAAGGUCACGGCGAACUGAAUAUACCUAUUUAUUCUACCUAGAAGACGAGCUUGCACAGCAAGUUACUACUUAGCAUAGAAAACACGUAGAAGUUUGGAGCAUUUUCGAACAAAAGUUGAUGAGAUGGAUGCGUGCGUUAUUGUGUAUGUGUCCAGGUGAAAAAAAGCAUAGUAAACAAAAUCGUCGGAAUACUUUUGAGAGAAUAGCAGCUUCCGAGCGUAUGCAUUAUAUAUUUUAGCAAAUUUUUAAAUCACGCAAGAUAGUAUUGUGUCUAUACGUCAGUUUUGAAUCAACUUUGUGUAUCGCUUUUUUACAUCUCUACUUAUUAUAUUACUCAGUUCUAAAGACGUAAUUAAUUGUUUUAUAAUUAAUUUAAAUAUACGUAUCGAUAUAAGCAUCUACCUAGAACUCGAUUUAUUUUCCACAAUUCGAGUGUUAACAUCACCAUACUGUUCCAACCUUCCAAUUUAAACCAGUUGAUGUAUUUUUCUCGUUUUGAUCGUAAGUCACAUAGCGAGUGAAACAAUGGAAAAAAAAGACGAAACUAAUGAAUUACAACAACGACAUUUAACAUUCUGCAAGCAGUUUAGCGUCCUGAAGGUAAACAAAUAGUGAACAUCUGUCCCAAACACAUGUCAAUAUACUUGAAGAAAAUUUAAAAACGGUUGUACACACCACUAAAAGUGAAAGUUUCCUAGACAAUUUAAAAUACAAGCUUCACAUGAUAUUAAUAUUGCGAAUAGCCAUCUUGCAUGCAGUCAAUAGAAUUUGGAUGACUUUGGUUUAAUUUUCUUAGAUUGUAGAGCUAAAUAUUGCAGCAAAAUAAACCAAGAUCGGGGAAGACAAAUGAAUGAUAUCGAAAUGAAGUUUAAGCUCACAAUUAUAUAGUAUAGUAGGGAAAAAAAUCCAUCCAUUUUUGCGGCUUACACUGCAGCAGGAAUUAUGGGAGGACUUCCAAGGAGGUUGACAAUUAAAAAUAGCUAUGAGAUGAGAGCUAAGCUUAAGCGUAUUCAUUUUCCUUUAAACAUAAAAAUACAAAAAAAAAAUAUAAACCACAGCGGUAACCAUCCAUACACGUGCACAUGGAAUUGUAUGAGAUUCAAUCGUGUCGUUCGAUUCCGAUUAGUUUUGGAAUAGUUCGAAUAUAUUAUGUACUAAUUACUCAUUCUCGUGAGAAAAAAAUUAAACACGUAUCGUUAUAACUUGUGCCGUGAAGUAUUUGAGUGGCCACCCGAGGGGAACGCAGAGCUUUGUGAAAUCAUGUGAAGAAACACGGUUGUUGAGUAGCUUUAUAUUAAGAGAAGUAAAGAAUUUAAAUGCGACAUAAAUAGAUGAAAUAAAAAUAAAACAUCACGAAAGAUGGUACGAUGCAAUGCUGCUGGUUAGAAUACAUUUUAUUAUUUUUUCCAAAGGUUACGGAAAUAUAUUGUUGAAUAUACAAAACAAAUCAGUUUUUUCUAUGCAAUCAGAGUGUAACACUCUCGUAACUUGCCUUGAUAUUAACGCUAACCAGAAAUCCAUACGUUGUGUAUAACUAACAUUUGCGAUGCACAAAACAAAACUUUUUAAUCAAAAAGCUAAACUUGUUAUUUUAAGCGUAAUUUUAUUUGAGUAAAACUUUCAUCCAAAAUGUUGAA